AUGGUUGUACGGAACAUGUCCAAGGACUUGUUCAAAGGCACCUUCAAACAUGGAGGAACAUCACGCAAGAUUUCGAUUCGCCUUGAGAACUUCUUCAGAAACAACAAAGAGGCACGCGCUAUCCAACUCGAUCACAAAUUUCGUACGACAGAGAUAGGCGAUCUCUCUAUCCAUGCCUACUAUCAAGAGCUCAAGUCAAUCUUGGAUCUCCUAGCUAACGUUGACGCACCAAUCACAGAGAGAACCUUGGUCACAUACUUGCUCAACGGACUCAAUGGCAAGUACGACAACAUCAUCAACGUCAUCAUGCAUCGUCAGCCUUUUCCUACUUUUGAGGAAGCCCGUUCCAUGCUUAUCUUAGAAGAAGAUCGUCUUGGCAAAGGUAAGAAGACACUGUCCACAAAUGACGCGUCAUCUUCCUCCGCCAAGGUGCUCAUUGCCACAGUCUCAAACUCAGAUUCCAAGAGCGGACACCAACAACAACAACCAGCACGCUUCAACCAAAACAGAGGAAACAGAGGAAGAUGUGACAAUCGGGGCAGAGGUCUUCUUGGAGCUCGUCCUCAACAACAUCAUGGAGCGUUUGGCAAUGCUGCGAACCAAAAACAGAAGCCGACAAUGGAUUUCGCUUCGGCAUUCAACACAUUGACACUCAUGGAUCCGUCAGAUAACCAGUGGUAUAUGGACUCAGGCGCAACAGCACAUCUCUCCAACACCACAGGAUCUAACGACCAGGAAGACAAUUCUCCGCAGUGA